AUGGCUGUAACUUUUUCGCGUUUUGCUUUCAAUGCGCGUGCUACAGCUUUUUGGGGUUCAGCGUCAAUAACUGAAUCUGGAAAAGUAAGUUUCAAGGUUUCGGAACGAAAAAUGGUUUUUUUACAGCGUCCGAAACAGAUAGGGGUCAAAAUCCGAACCGGUUUUUGCAAACCUUAUUUCGUUUUUGAUAGAGAUCCUAAAGCGAAUAUUUUUACAUACCCCGAUCCACUAUCUGC